AUGGAGUCCGAUGCUUCAGGUGCAGCCGAGGUGCUCGUUGCUGUCGAUGAGGUGGUUAAGGAUGAAGUCGCUGUACCAACGGUGACGCCUGCUCCCGCGGUGCAGGCUUACCGAGCCCGGUACAAUGAAACGAUCGCUCCCCCUGGCGGUCCGCCGUCUCGAGUGAUUCGACCACCUAACGACUUCCCGCCCGAGUCCAAGCGAGCAGACCAGAUCGAAGAUGCUGAAGAGGACCUCGAAGUCGACAUGGAGGAGCUCAAGGCCGCAGUGCACGCCUACAACGUCGAUUUCCAGGCGCGCAUUGACGCGGUCAAGCAACGAGGUCGGGGCCUUGAGGCAAAGCUUGGCUCGGAGCACGAGGACAUGAUGAGCUCCAUUGAAAGCUUGCGGGUGGACUUCAGGAAGCAGUUCCAAACCGCCUUCCUCACGCUCGAGCAGAAGACGCUCUCGCAUUUCGCCAAGCUUGAGGCGCAGGAGAUUACUUGCCAAGAGAAAAAACUGCACGAAUGCGAAUCUGAAUUCCGCACACUUGCGUACACGACGGUGCCCGAGAUCAUGGAGAAGCUGCAGGGCACCAUCACCCGAAAGCUCGAGAAGAACCACGAGACGUUCGACAUCGAGAACGCCAAGAUCCAGAAGCGCGAGAAGAAGACGCUGAACGCGCUCGAGAGCAACGAGCGCAAGACGGACGCGAGCUUCCGCACCGAGACUGCGCGCCGCGUCGCCAAGUUCCAGGAGCGCGAGGAAGAGUUCCACCACGUUAUGCGCGUUGACAACCGCAACGUCGAGCGAGACCAGACUUCACACAUGCGAGGGCUUGUGGCGCUGCGUGCACAACUGCGCGCUGAGAGCGAGCUGCGCGAGAAGGAGGACCUGGAGAUCCUCGACAAUUUGUCGUCGUCCUUCGGCCGUCUGCAAGCCAGCAUCCUCGAGAACCUAGGAGAAGACACCACUGCAGCAUAG